AUGUUACCUGAAUUUAGAAAACAACUUUUUCAAUUGAAACUUAUUUCAACAACAUGGAUGUACAUUCAAAAUCGAUAUAUCGAAGAAAAAAACAAAUUUCUACUUCCAAUUCGUUUUAUUUUAUCAAUAAUUGAGAAAACCAUAUCAGUAUUACACGAAAAUAUUAUUCAACCAUUAUUUAGUUCAUUUUAUACAUAUGUAAAUAAGUUGGAUCAUUAUCUAUGUUCAUAUAUUGAUACGAUUCGAUAUUUUUGUCCAAUUGUGGAUCAUACAUCCAAUGAAGUUUUUAAAUGUUGCGGUGAUUUAUUAUUCUUAUCAUUUAUACAUAAACAUUCCGAAUCAUCUACAACUACUACUACUACUACAACUAAUAUGGAACAUAUUCCUGAAGAAAACAAAUUUUAUUUUAUUCAACGAUUUUCUCAAUGUUUAACCAGUCUUUUAGUGAUUAUUGAACUGUAUUCGAAAUAUAUUAGAAAUGAAUUGAAUGAUCAUAUUGGCAGAAGCCGAGCGCUUUGGAAAAAAUUGAAUAUGGAAGAUGGUAGAUCAUUAGAUGAAGUGGACUCAUUUUCGGAAAAAUUACUUGUACUUGGUCGUCGUAUGUUUGGCAAUUAUCGUCAAUUCCUUUAUCUUAUUCGAUAUCAAUUAAAACGAUGCCGACGUAUACUAUUUUCAUCUUUACGUGUUCACGGUCACUUUCGCUCAAUAUUACGGUGUGUUAAUCGAAAAGUUGAAAUGAGUCGAAUCAAUGAAAAUUUGAAUAAUCGUGCACGGCAUCGAUUAGUAACAACAAAAGAACGUAUUCAACAUUUUUUAAACAUCAUGAUGCUUCACGCAGCUAAACAUCCUUGGAUGAGAUGCACAAAACCACGAUCCAAUUCAACAUGUCAAACACAGCUUGAAGAACCACUAAAAUAUAUCCGUCCAAUGUUCUUUUUGUCAUCCAAUAAUACUUCAGAUUGUAGUGAAACAGACGAAAAUGUUCAAGAUCAUCCUGUAACAACUUUUCAAUCUACGCCAUAUCGAAACAUUCAUAAAUAUUCAAAUCUAAAUCAAUCUAGACCUCAAAAUGAAGAUACACUAUCAGAUAUUUCUUCAUCAAAUCUACCUGAAGAAAGUUUCGAUGUUAAAGAUAUCAUUCGACAAGUUAGUUCACAGUCGAGUCAAUCAUCACAUACAAGUAGUGCAACAGAUCACGAUGAUGAAAAUCGAAUUAUUGAACUAGCUUUAAAUGAAACAAAUGAUGAUGAACAACAACAACAACAACAGCAGCAGCAGCAGCAAGACGUUUCUGUCUUCGAUCUUUCUCCUAUGCUUGCUAGUGGUUGUGCUAUUUGA